AUGGUUCGUAAGCGUUCGUCUCUGCUUGAAAUCUGGGAGGCCACGCAGUACAUCCGUGACACGACUUGGGUGCGGGCCGUUGCAGUCGUCGUGGGGAUUCCAGUGCCAUGCUUGAUAGUCACGCUUCUAAUCGACUUCGUGCCACUGGCCCACCCAUCGGAGGGCAUCAUGAACAACAAACUGUUUUUGCUGCGGGAGUUCUACUGCUUCAUAGUGAUGACGUUCCUGGCCAUCCACCAGUUCCGCACGGGGGUGCGUACAGAGCUCGCCUACCCGACCAAGCGAGUCAUUCGAGACACGCUCAUCGUGUCGGCACUGACGGUUGGGGUUCUCUGUGGGGCCAUCUUGUGGAUUGGCUUCCCCGUGCCGUUCACGACACUUGUGGUCGUCCCUGCUUGGCUGACUCUGACGCUUAUUCCCAUGGGCAUUCAGUGGGGGAGGUAUCUGCUACACAACCCGAAGGCCGUGACGAUGCUCAUCGACAUGGUGAAGUUGUGGAUCUGCGACUUCUUGCUGGGCUUCAUCUACCCUCCGUACUUUUACAUCUUCACCUCACUGACGAGCCAGGCUCAGAUGGCGUUCACGCUGUUGUUGCCAGUGAUCAAGAUCUUCAUGAGGAAUCUGUUCGCACGCCUGUCGAGCUCGCCCUCGUUUUGGACGACGAUGGAGCUCAUGGUGGUUGACAUCUUCCUCAUCGGUCUGUCACUGCGGGAUAUCGAGACAGCGCGCAAAGGGCUGGGCGAACUCGAGCGCAAAGUGGACGACAGCUACAUGUGGAGCAGCCACCACGGCACCGUUGGUUAUAUCAGUCUAGGGGGUCGAAUGCCCACCACGAUCGAGAGAGCGAGUAUUCUCCUCGAGAGGGAGUCACAGACACACGCUGAGGCCUCUCGGUCGUCUCAACUGCUGGAGCUUAAAAUAUUGCAGCUGGAUGCCGAGCAAGAGCGGGAAGGGCCCAAACUCGCCACGCUCACGGCGAAGAAAACGUUUACAUCGUCCGUCACGACGAUUGCCAAGGAAUUCCGCAAGGCGUUUGAAGAAAGUGGUCGUAUUUACCCCACGGCGAAGAGUCCGGAAGUUAAGGGGAUCGUUAAAGAGUUGAAAGGAGACGCCCGUGACACGGAGAGCCGAACCCUGAGCUCUCAAGAUAGGCUGAAGUAUACGCGCAAGGUGCGGCGACUGCUCUACAUGGCGGAGUUUCUGCUCCUCCUCAACUACGUCGAAGUCAUCAUCCCGCUCGUCUUCUGUACGUACUGUUUGCCACCUCCCAACCGCGACUAUUACGCGAUCUACGACGGAAUCGACCAGGGCCAACUCAUCGAGACACUGGCCAACGUGGCCUUUUACUGCUUACUGCAAUCCGUGUCGUUGGUGCUGUUAACCUUCAUGCUAAAGCGCAUGCUGGGGUCGUCCCCGAUCCAGCAAAUCGCCUUUGUGCUGGAAAAGCAAGUCGAUUACGUGCAGAUCAGCCUCAUCUUCUGGCUGUUGUACAAUGUCCAGAGCUCGCUACAGCACUUGGGCUACGAUUACAGCUUCCAGUUUGCGUGGUUAUCGCAUGAAGCAGGAUCGACAUUAAAUGAAAGUGGGCAGUAG